GCCAACCGCGCUCUUUAAAAAGGUGACGGGGCUGUGCUUCCAUCCCGCCCGCGCCCAGGGAACUUCAAAGCGGCCCGGGCGGCUCGGACCGCCUAGCUCCGCUCUGGGACCUCGCAGCCCCGGCGCGGCCGCCUGGUGGCCAUGACCCGAGCGCAGUGCGCGACGCUCCGCCAGGCUUUCCUGUUGCUCGCCACCGCCGCCGCGCUCUCGACAGGAUUGAAGUGUGUAUGUCUUCUGUGUGACUCUUCAAACUUUACCUGCCAAACUGAAGGAGCAUGCUGGGCUUCAGUUAUGUUGGCCAAUGGAAAAGAGCAGGUGAUCAAGUCCUGUGUCUCUCUCCCAGAACUGAACGCUCAAGUCUUCUGCCAUAGUUCCAACAAUGUUACCAAAACCGAAUGCUGCUUCACAGACUUUUGCAACAACAUAACACUGCACCUUCCAAUGGCAUCUCCAAAUGUCCCCAAACUUGGACCCAUGGAGUUGACCGUUGUCAUUACUGUACCAGUCUGCCUCCUGUCCUUGGCCACAGUUUUGACCAUCUGGGCAUGCCAAGGUCGACCGUGCACAAACAGGAAGAAAAAGAGACAGAAUGUGGAGGAACCCCUCUCCGAGUGCAAUCUGGUAAAUUCUGGAAAAACUCUCAAAGAUCUGAUUUAUGAUGUGACUGCCUCUGGAUCUGGCUCUGGUCUACCUCUGUUGGUUCAAAGAACAAUUGCAAGGACAAUCGUACUUCAGGAGAUAGUGGGAAAAGGUAGAUUUGGUGAGGUCUGGCAUGGAAGAUGGUGUGGGGAAGAUGUGGCUGUAAAAAUCUUCUCCUCCAGAGAUGAAAGAUCUUGGUUUCGGGAGGCAGAAAUUUAUCAGACGGUUAUGCUGCGACAUGAAAACAUACUUGGUUUCAUUGCUGCUGACAACAAAGAUAAUGGAACUUGGACUCAACUUUGGCUUGUCUCUGAAUAUCAUGAACUGGGUUCCUUAUAUGACUAUUUGAAUAGAAACAUAGUGACUGUGGCUGGCAUGAUCAAACUGGCCCUUUCAAUAGCUAGUGGCCUGGCCCACCUACAUAUGGAGAUCGUUGGUACACAAGGUAAACCUGCUAUUGCUCAUCGAGAUAUAAAAUCAAAGAAUAUCUUAGUGAAAAAAUGCGAAACAUGUGCCAUAGCAGACUUAGGGCUGGCUGUGAAGCAUGAUUCAGUACUGAACACAAUUGACAUACCUCAGAAUCCUAAAGUGGGAACCAAAAGGUAUAUGGCUCCUGAAAUGCUGGAUGAUACAAUGAAUGUGAAUAUCUUUGAGUCUUUCAAACGAGCUGACAUCUAUUCUCUUGGUCUGGUUUAUUGGGAAAUAGCCCGAAGGUGUUCAGUUGGAGGAAUUGUUGAGGAGUACCAGUUGCCUUAUUAUGACAUGGUGCCUUCAGAUCCUUCAAUAGAGGAAAUGAGGAAGGUUGUUUGUGACCAGAAGUUUCGGCCAAGUAUCCCAAACCAGUGGCAAAGCUGUGAAGCCCUCCGAGUCAUGGGGAGAAUAAUGCGGGAAUGUUGGUAUGCCAAUGGGGCAGCCCGCCUAACGGCCCUUCGUAUUAAGAAGACUAUCUCUCAACUUUGUGGCAAAGAAGACUGCAAAGCCUAAUGAUGAUUCUGUUAAAAAGAAAUCUCUUACAGCUUUUUUUUUUUCUCAUUUUCCCUCUUUAUGUGAAUGUUUUUGCCUUUUUUUGGUUGUUGUUCUACCUCAAAGAUAAUGCAGUACAGUAUUUAAGGGCCCAAAGGCAGCAUGGAAAAAAUAACUCUGAAGUCAAGCAUGGGCAGGAAUUGACUUCAUCCCAUCUCUGUGUUGUCUUUAAUUUUCUUUUGAAAAGCACCACAUCAGUUCAUCUUUUUAUUUAAUAAGAGAGAUAUUGCAGAAAUAUAAAAUAAGCUAUAUAAAACUAAUACAAGUCAUUAAGAUUUUAUUUUACUUGAAUCAAGAACACAUGAAUGAAGAAAAGGAAAUGUAAAAGCUUUUUUUUUUCUGAGAUGAAAACACCUUCAUUAAAAGUGUGAACUAGAGCAAGUUAUAUCUCAGCAGAAGUUUAGAUUAUAUAAUCUGCUGUUUUCUU